AUGCGCUUGGCAGGACGGAUUGUGUGUUUGACGGGAUUGGUGGUUGCGACGGUGGCGCGUGGGGUAGACGCGACGACGUUUGCGAAGAAUUGUACGGUCAGCCCACUUGGGGAGGGGAUCGACGAUACGCCUCAGGUAUUGGCUGCAAUCGAGGAAUGUGGGCAUGAUGGGUUGACGACUUUUACACCGGGAGCGUAUAAUAUCACGAACAAAAUGACCUGGGACCUUCAGAAUAGCAGAGUCGAUCUGCAUGGCUUCUUGACGUUCCCUCCAGACAUCGACUUUUGGCUUAACGCGAACAAUACCUACCGCGUCAUAUUCAUCCAGAGUCAAGCAUCCUGGUUCGUUAUUACGGGAGAGAACUUCACCGUCGACGCGCAUAACACGGGAGGUAUAAACGGUAAUGGUCAACCUUGGUGGUCCUUCUUCGCCAAUCGAACCCGUGACGACGGAGACGGACGCCCCGUAGCCCUCACGCUCUCAAAUGUCACCCACGGCCGCAUCUCGAAUUUCCAGAUACAGGCGCAACCGUUCUGGUGUAAUGCUGUCGCAGACUCAGUGGAUGUGGUGUACGAUGGGAUGCUGUGCAAUGCUACAAAUAGCGAUCCUGCUGGGUUUGGAACGAAUAUCGUUCCUAACACGGAUGGCAUUGAUACAUACCGCUCCGACCGUGUUACGAUGGUCAACUGGGAUAUUACCUGCGGCGACGACUGUCUCGCAAUCAAAGGGAACUCGACAAAUCUCAUAGCACAAAACAUUACUUGCCACGGUGGAAACGGCAUAGCCUUCGGAAGUCUCGGUCAAUACGUCGGCCUUAAUGACCUGGUCAUCAACGUUACGAUGAACGACGUCAAGACUCUGCGCAUAAACUCCACGAUUCAACCGAACAUGCAGAGUGGUGCUUACUUCAAAUCUUGGACCGGCACCGUUAACGGUGUCCCUCCGGUUAAUGGCGGUGGUGGUGGAGGGUUAGUCCAGAACGUUACUCUGAGUAACUUCUUCCUGGACCAAGUGGACGUCCCUACCCUCAUCAGUCAAAAUAACUCCGGACAUGCUGGUGAUGCGCCGUCAACCUUGGAGUUCUCCAACAUCACUUGGUCGAAUUGGACGGGUACAUCGACAGGCGCAACCUUGGUUGAGCUGACAUGCAGCUCCGCCGCGCCAUGUCCCAACAUGUUCUUCGAGAAUUUCAACGUGACCGUUCCGAGCGACGCUACUCCCGCAUUCACCUGUAGCAACGUUAUUAACGAAGAAGGGCUACCUAGCGCAGCAUGCGGCAAUUCGAGCAGCUCUUGA